AUGCGACGAUGGAAGGCCAGGGCCAGUGAACUGUGCCGAAACGGUAUAUUUCGGGCCGCUUCCAGCGUGGGGGUGCUGUCAGGUUUGGGGAAGAUCUUCGAUACAGAGAGCAUCGGAGACUUUCGGAGUACCACCCCUGUCAAGGAUGUGGAUGUGUUCAUCAGCCAUUCCUGGUCGUCUGGCCGAUGGGAAAAAUACUUGGCCGUGUGCUACUUUCUGAACCUCGGUUUGGCGACAAAGGCAAUGCUAGCAUCUGUGGUGCUUUCGGAAAGCUUCAUGCUGGUUUUUCCCGACAUGUCCAUCCACAUGAUGUUCCUUUUGAUGCUGGACCUGCCAGUCGUUGCCUUCUUCCUGUUCUUCUUCUUUGGGCAGCACCUCACUUGGGGAGUCUGGGGUCCCCGCUUCUGGCUGGACAAGCUUUGCGUGGACCAAACCGAUGAGACAACAAAGUCUGAUGGGAUCGCAGGCUUGCCCACGAUCGUGGCGAACGCGUCCGAAUUGCUGGUCUUCUGGGACAAGUCAUAUUGCGAACGGCUCUGGUGCAGCUUUGAGCUGUCGAUUUUCGUGAAAAGCAACGGUCUCAAGAAGUUGCGGCUCGUGCCACUGUGGCUCACUCCGUGGCUGCUGACGACGAUGUUGCUCUCUUACGUUUCAGCUCGGCUCACCUCCGCUUUUCUAGAGAUUGAUCCGAGCUUCGUCGUCGGUAACACCAGCAAGUUCACAGGAGCUGAGGGCGAUGCACUUGCAUUCGGACUACAUCUAAUAUAUGAAUAUGCGCUGCAAAAUCAAACUUGCAUGCUCUUCUGGGCACCACCCAUACUGAUUGGUCUUGUUUCCUUCCAAAAGAAGUUGGAUGGACAUUUCGAUAUGUUGGAAAGUAUGAACUCCUUUGAUGUACGAAGAGCCAAAUGUGCUGUGGAGAACGACCGUUUCGUCAUCGAGGCCCAAGUGGCGGAGCUUUUCGACGGGCUGGAGGAUCCCAUCAUCGCUGUGCCGAUCGAAGUGGUAAAGACAGGCGAAUUCGACGACGAGCGGCAGGAGCUCAUCGACAUCUCGUUGACCUACCCAGCUCGUCUUGCCGUGCGCUCCGUUACCGGCUUUGCCAACCAUGACGAUUGCCUGGAAGAGUUCAACAAGUACGUGCAAGGCCCACUGCGUGAUGCAGUUGUCGCGGAUCUCGGGGACGUGACUGACAUACCUUAUACCGUUUGCCUGCUGGCCAGCUUCCCCUACACGUUGGCCUAUCCUCCUCUUGCUUGGGUGGUAAAGCAUACAUGGCAUGCCCUUGGUUAUCGAUCUGAAUUCGAGUAUGUUGCCGUGAGCUUCGCUGAGUUUCUCUUCUUCAUGGUGUUGUCCCCUGCGGCAUUUCCCUUUUUGCUCCGAUGUGUGAAGUAUCUCGACGAGAGCUUCGACCACGGCUUUCUGUGGGCAGCCGCAUCAUUCGGUUGCGGAUGGCUCACAUUCAGUAUGGUUCAGUUUGAGAGCUCCUUUGCAGCUGCAUUGCUGGAGAGCUUUACCUUGACCCAGCACCCAGCCUUCCUAUGCUUUCUCGUGCUUGCAGUCGUCGCCGCCAUGCUCCAACAUUACAUGCUCUUCGGCGCAGGGUGGCAGCAAAAAUCCAGCAGAGAGGUUGGCAUGCAGGGUUGA